UAGAGUUUAUAACAUUUUUAUGAAAACAUUGAAACAUUGAUAUAUUACUAGUAUGUAUGUAUAUAUAUAUAUAUAUGUAUUAGUAUUUUUUACAUUUAGUUAUUUACGUAAUAAUCAUUAGCCUUGACAGUCGAUUAUAGCAAUUGGUGGUACGUAACCCUAAUUAGUUAAAUAAGCAUUAGAUAAGCGUUGUCGGGGAUGCCUCGGGGCAUACUUUCUAGUUUAAGCUUUUUGCAUUCUGCUGAUAUGUGAGAGAAUUGUGGAGCGUGUGUAUUGGAACAAAUGUUUUUUUUGAUAUUUUUUAAAUAUAGAAAAUUAAAUAGACAGUAUACUUUUCAAUGUAAAUGGAUAUUUAAUUUUAAGUAGAUAGACCCGAAUAAGAAGUAGAGUGGAAAAUUUCGUUUCCAGACAUUAUGCAAAGUUUCAGCAAAUUUUAGAAUUAUUAAGGAUCUUUAGUUUUUUUUUUUUUUUUUUUUUUUUCCCCAUCAUAUUUUGCUGAUACUUGUGAAGACAAAAAUAUACAUUCGAUUAUUAUGAUUUUACAUAAAUUUUUACAUAAAUUACAUAGUUUCCAUUUAUAGCUGAAAAAAAAAACCCUUUUCUCAUAUAUUCUUUUUUUUUUUUUUUCCUUUUAUAUUUUCUUUUUUCUUCUUCUUCUUCUUUAUUUAUGGCAAAUAUCCAGACAGAUCGGUUUCUAUGUAUCUUCUUUCUUUUUCUCGUUCCACCCUCUCACACUUUCGCUAUCAUCAUACGAUCCCUUAUUUCCUUCUCACCCUUACGCAAGCAGUAUGGACAGAGAGGUCUUUCUUUCCCCCCUAUCUCUAGGCCAUAAGAGUUAUACAAGGUAUUAACGCGAAAACAGAUGUAGGCGUGGAGAGGAACGCGUUUCUAGGCCUUGCUCACCCUUCUUGUGUACCGCGACAAUUUGUCACGCCAAACCGAGCCACCGUUUCAAGAGACAUACAUACAUACAUGCACAUAUACAUCGAUAACCUCGUGUUUGAUAAAUCAUGCGAUAGACGGACGAACAUUAUCGAUGUUAUAUGUACGCGUGGUAUGUUCACAGGAUAAAACGUAUCUUACGUUUAUACCUUUCAACAUUUUUGAUCCAUCUUUUUUUUGCGAUAAAUCGAUGUAUCCUAAAGGACAUGCAUGGAGUAGUUGUACCUUUCUUAGGAUUGUCAACUAAUAGGCGGAAAAAAUUUAUGCGAAGGGUCCAAAAUAUUUUUCAUAUUUAAUAUAGAAAUUUCUCAUGGGAAAAAUAUUCUAUGUUAACGAUUAGAACAAAUUGAUUAAUUUUAUUUUCUUCUUUGUAUUAAUUCGUUCGUUUUUCUUCGGAUGAAUUACUUUUUUCAGGAUUUUGAGAUAAGAAUUUCAUCGGAGGAAAAAAAAAAAGAAGAAAGAAAAAAAGAAAAAGGAGAACCUGGUCUAAGGAGUAAACGAGCCGACAAAUCGGAUUCACGAGAUGCCGGACAUUGCAACGAUACGACGCCGGAGGUGGUCCAAGCACCACUCAGUGGUAGUUAUCUGCCACCUUCUACUAGUUAUGGAACACCCAAUCUAGGUGGUGGUGGUGGAGGAGGAGGAGGAGGAGGUAGUGGCGGUGGUGGUGGAAUAUCGACGAGCUACGGAGCACCAACCGGAGGAGGCGGAUGUGGUUUUGGUGGUUGCGGAGGCGGUGGUGGAGGAGGUGGUGGACCUUCUGUUAGUUAUGGGGCUCCUAGUUCCGGAGGAUUUGGAGGUGGUGGUGGUGGUGGUGCACCAUCUUCGAGUUAUGGAGCACCGUCGCGAGGUGGUGGUGGUGGAGGAGGAGGUUAUUCCGGAGGUGGUGGCGGUGGCAAUGGCGGCUACUCAGGUGGCGGAGGUGGAGGAAUAUCGAGCAGUUAUGGAGCACCAUCGGCAGGAAGGCCUUCAUCAAGCUAUGGAGCACCCUCGAACGGUGGAUUCGGUGGUGGUUUCGGUGGUGGUUUCGGUGGUGGUGCUGGUGGAAGUGGUGGAUACUCAGGCGGUGGUGGUAGGCCAUCUUCGAGCUACGGAGCACCAUCGAACGGAGGAGGUGGAAGACCUUCUUCCUCUUACGGGGCACCAUCCUUUGGAGGUGGUAACGGUGGUGGUAGUGGUGGCGGCUACUCAGGUGGCGGUGGUUUCGGUGGUGGCGGAUUCUCCGGUGGAGCACCCUCCUCCAGUUACGGCGCACCCUCACGUGGUGGAGGCAAUGGUGGUGGUGGUGGUGGUGGAUACUCCGGCGGUGGAGGCGGAGGUAUAUCAUCGAGCUAUGGAGCACCUUCCUUCGGAGGUGGCCACGGAGGUGGUUUCGGUGGCGGAUCCGGCGGUUAUUCCAAUGGUGGUGGAGGUGGCGGCGGUAGGCCCUCAUCGAAUUACGGUGCACCCAGCUUUGGAAGUGGCGGUUCUGGUGGUGGUCAGGGUUACGCCAGCAAUGGUGGUUACCAAUAUUAAUCACGCUAUGUGUUCGUCCCGCGAGAUACGACCUUCGACCUCGUAUCACUUUCAUGAGUUUUAUAAAAGCAAUGGGUACCCAGGAAAACUCUACACAAUGACAGACAAAAUAUUGACCAGCCAUGAAGCGAAGGGUUGCGAAAUUGGACGUCGAGAUCUCGCGGAUAUCCAAUCAAAGUCAGCAAAAGGAGGAUUUCAACGAUUCGUAUUCUUUUCCAAAAGUUUUUAAUAAUCAUCAACGUUUCGUACUCUCGACAAUCGACAAAUCGAAUUUGAAUGUUCAUAGAUAGAAGUGAUAGAAAGAAGUAAAAGAAAGAAAAAGAGAGAGUUUAGAGAACAGAUGAAAAUUAAUAUCUUUCAUUAUCUCAGAAACGUUGUUUAGGAAUAUCAAAGCGAAUGAUAAUCGACGAUAAGAUACGAUUGCAAAAGAAAAAAAAAAAAAAAAAAGAAAAGAAAAGAAAAAAAAACGGAACCUUCCUCUUCAUCCCUUCUUCAUAUUCGAAGCCCUAUAACUUAUUUAUUUUAUAAAGACGCUUUUUAUACUAAUAAAGUAGCUGUGCUGAGAAAGAAAUGAAAGAUUACUCUUCUAUUUCUAUCUAUUCUAAUAUUAGUUAGUUCCUGGAAAUCAAAAAUGGAAUGAAUGUGUUAUAAUAGUGUUUUAGACGUAUAAUACAUAUUACAUAUAUCACAAUGUGUGCCUUGAAAGGUAAAGUUAGCCGCUUGGUAGAAUAGCUUCUGCUCAAACUCGAUGGGUCGAUUUAUUGAUCCCAUUCGACUCGAAAGAAAGAAAGAAAGAAAGAGAGAGAGAGAGAGAGAGAGAGAGAGAGAGAGAGAGAGAGAAAGAGAAAGAGAGAGCUAUCUUCUUUCUAUUCCUGUUUUAACUCGGCUAAAAACGUAGUCUCGUCAUCGACGAUUCUAUCGGGUAUUCCGAUUAAACCGCUAGAACAAACUCACCACCGUUAUCCUUUCCUUAACUUUCUCUUUUUUCAGCGGUCAUCGUCCAUCUUUAUAACAUCGUCGUUACUGUUAUUGUGCUCGUCGUUGAAAAUAAUCUUUAUAAGAAUAUGAGAAUAAAGAAAAAGAGAAAAUGAAGAAGAAGAAGAAGAAGAACAACAACAACAACAAAAAAAGAAUAGACAGAGGAAUAAUAUUUGACUCAUAACUCCAUGGUGAAUUUUUUAUACACAGUUUAUUUUUAACAUUUACAAUCAACAUCUCGUUCGUUUUAUUUUUUUUUUCUUUUUUUCUUUUUUUUUUUUUUUUUCUUCAGGUAUACACGUAUAAUAUACAUACACACAAACAUAUAUAUAUAUAUAUGUGUGUGUAUGUAUAUGUAUGUAUGUGUGUGUAUAGAUGUAUAUCAUAUAUCGUAUAAUAAAGUACCGUGUAACGCUUUGAUAUUAAUACAUACAUGGAUAUAUAAUAAACCCAUUUUUUGGAAAUGCGCGAGGGAGAGGAGAUAAAGUUGGGCGUUUCUCUUAUGGUUUUUUUUUUCUUUUUCUUCUUUUUUCUGUUUUUUUUUUUCCAUUUUGUUUUUCUUCACAUUUUGUUGUUACCUUUUUCUUCUUUACACAUGUUAUUCAUUUAAUUAUUAUUAUUAUUAUUAUUAUUAUUAUUAUUAUAAUUAUUAUUAUUAUAUACUUACUACAAUAAUUUGUAGGCGCGUCAUGGGCUAAAUGGACUUUAGGGAUUUCGGUGAUUAUUGUUCGAGUGUGUAUGCAUGUAUGUGUUUGUUUGUUAUUAUACAACAACGAUUUGUAGGUACGCAUUUUUCUUUCUUUUUUUUUUCGUUUUUUUUUUUAAUUAUUGCAAAAUGAACGUUUUUUUUUUUCUUUUUUUCUUGUUUAAUUGAAGCGAAGUUAAUUGUUAUGACUUCGAGCAUAUAUAUAUAUAUAUAUAUAUAUAUAUAUAUUUAUAUGGAUACUCGACUUCAUUGAUCUUCGAAUCUUUUUUGGAAAGAGAUAGAGAUACAUUAGUAUUGUUAUUAAUUUUAAUUUUUUUUUCUCUCUCUGUUCUUUGCCAAGGAACGGACACACAAACACACAUGCAUUUUUUUGUGUUCUUCGGCGUACGUACAGCCCGUUAAUAUGUAAUAUAUUAGUGAAUUUUUCGCGAGUUCACUUUCCUUCUCAUUCGAAGGAAAUAGGAAGGAAAAGGAUAUAGAGGAUGAGAAAGAUUUUCCGCUGUUCUUUCCUUUUUUUUUUUGUUUCCUCUUUUAAACGGUUUUUUCUUUUUUUUUUCUUUUUUUUUUCUUUUUUUUUCCUCUUGUUUUUCGUUUUCAAAUUAAAGGGGCGAAUCUCUGAGUUUUAUUACAGAAAAGAAGCUCGUCCCUCCAAUACUAAUCCCAUCUCGAGCACAUCCUGUAUGAUAUGAGAACGUUCUCUCUACUUGAUACAUAAUAUAUUAUUUACAUAUGACUCUCCGUCUCUUUUCAUGUUUUUUUUUCUUUUUAUUUUUUUCUCCUUUUUUUACCUUUUACCAAUUUCUAAUCUUAUCGUUAAUUAAUUUGUUAACGCAGCUAAUAUCGAGCACACUUCGUGAUAUGUUUAAGUUUUCGUAGGUUAUGGUCGGCCCUUUAUUUAUUUAUUUUUUUACUUUAUUUGUUUAUUUGUUUAUUUAUGUAUGUGUUUUGUAUUCCUCUUUUAUUUUCUUUUUUUUUUUUCUUUUUUAGCAGCACGACUAAAAACCUUAAUUGAUAUGUCGCAGAUUACGCGCGCGAAAAACUUGGCGUAAUUACAAACGUCGUUAAAUCGACACUCGAGGCAACGUUUCUCUCGAAAUUUUUUUUUCAUUGAAUAGAAACUAUGUUUCAUCAUAGAAAAAGAAAAAAAAAAAAAGAAAAAAAAAAGAAAUAGAAGCAAAUAAUAAAUAGAUAGAUAAAAUAGAUAAACGAUCUUCUUUCUUUCAUUGGAAUCUCAUAAUAAAAAAUAAUAAUAAUAAUAAUAAUAAUAAUAGUAAUAAUAAUAAUAAAAAUAAGAUCGUUCGAUCGUAAAGAAACAUUGUAUUUCCUCAUUGAAAAUAUCGAGCUUGUAGAAACAUUUCAUUUGUUAUUAAUAUCCAACUCCCUGCUUCACUACUCUUAUUAUCUUUUUUUUUUUUUUUUCUUCCUUAGAUCAUAAAAAUAACGAAAUAACGAUAUAGAUAUACUCAGAAAGCGAAUUCUUCCUUCGCUAACUUUAUAAUAUCCGAGUGAAAGUAUCGUCCGUGAUAUUAAUAACAACAAGCAACAACGACGAUGAUUAUGAAGAAAAGAGAACACCGGUUAGAGAGAUAUACAGGGUGUAUAAAAAAUAUUGUCUCUUUUAUUAAUCUUCUCUAUUAAUUUCUUAUCUAUCAUGAUAAAUUCAUUUUAAAAGGUAAUAAAAUUUGAUAAAUCAGCUAAUUUUAAUAUGAAACUCGUCAAAGUCAGCUGAUUUUGACAUAUAAUUUGUCAAUGUCUCCUCGUCCAUACCUUUCUGUCUCAUUUCUUUUUCUUUUUUUUUUUUUCUUUUUUUUUUUAUAAUAUUUUCUAAUCAAUUAUCAAAUGAUAAUGAAAUUUAAUAAAGUCAAUUGACUUUGACAAAAGAAUUGUCAAAGUCAGCUGAUUUAGAUAGAUAAAUUUAUCGACGCCCUGUAUAUACUUUUAUGUCUCGUAAUUUUUAAUUCUUAAUGUUAUAAGUUUCGAACUAUAAUGAAAUUCCGUGGAUCAGCUGUUUUUGACAGAUAAAUUUGUCAACAACCUGUAUAUAUACUUUUCCUAGUCUCUAUCUUCCUGCUUGUCUGUUGUCGUUGACUAACUAACUAUUUGAAUCAUCAUCACGUUUGCUUUCUCAUUAGAAUAAUAGUAAGGAACUCAACUAAGUCGAAAGUUUUAUGAGACUCGAAAAGAGUCUUAAAUCAUGUCGCAGUCUUCUUCAUAGCUUCCUCUUUAGAGAUUUAUUCACACAAUACAAUUGUUUUCUUCUUCAUCUUCUUCUUCUUUUCCUUCUUCUUCUUCUUCUUCUUCUUAUUCGAAAAGUUUUCUUUGCUAAUUUAUUAUCGAGGUAGCAGACUUUUCUCUUAACACCUGCCUAACUAAUUACACCUGCUAAUUUUUGCUAUUUUUAAGAUAUUCUUUUUUCCUUUUUUUUCUUUCUCCUAUUCUUUUCCUUUUACUUUCUGUUUUUUUUUUGUUUUUUUUUGUUUUUUUUUAAAGAAGAUCGUUUAUCCAUAAUCGAAUAAAAAGAUAAAUCUUUCACCCCGAAUGUCAGCCAAUUAAAUGUUCAUUUUAUCAGUUCGAUCUUGAUUAUAAAUCAUGUAAUACGCAAGUUAAUCAUUUUUUUUUAUUUUAUAUUUGUAUGUGUACCUGUCUUAUCUCGUAUAUUCUUUCAUGUUUUGCGUAUGUAUUUUGUAUUUAUUAAUUAAUUUGUUCUUUUUUUUUCUUUCUUUUUUUUUUCUUUUUUUUUUUUUUUUUUUUUUUUUUUUUUUUUUUUUUUUUUCUUUAGGAACGAUUCUAUGAAAACAAUGAUACGACAAAACUCAUUAUCAAAAUUAGCAAUAAAUGAUUUGUAAUUAUUAUUAUUAUUAUUAAUAAUAAUAAUGGUGAUGAUUAUGAUAAUGAUGAUGAUGAUGAUGAUGACGAUGUUGAUAAUAAUGAUAAUAAAUAAUAAUAAUAAUUAACAUUUACGAUCUUCGAUUAGUCUUUUCACGUACUUUCUUUAUAUACAUAUAUACAUAUGUACGCGUAUACAUAACGAAGGUAUUUAAAGUGUCACGUUGUUAAUAUCUCCGAACGAUUUUAAUUUCAACGAAAAAAUGAUUUUAAUCGUGUUAUUAGAAAACCGUUUACUUAUCAACCAGUGAUCAUUUUAAUUCAUCUUCAUCAGUAUACUGGAUAUACAUGCAUGUAUGUAUAUGUAUAUACAUAUAUAUGUAUAUACAUAUAUAUAUAUAUAUAUAUAUAUAUAUAUAUAUAUAUAUAUAUAUAUAAUAUAUAACGUAUAUAUAUUAUAUGUAUAAGGGGAGAGAAAUAUCCGAUGAAAACUUAGAUCCUUCAAUGAACAUUCUCUCGUGUGUGCUCUCUCGCAUGUCAUUAAUACUCUUUUACUCUUAUAUAUUAUUAUACAUGUAUAUAUAUACUAUAUAAGAAACACAACGGAUCUGAAGGCCGACCAAUCCGCCCGAUUGACACUAUUUAUAUGCAUGAAAACGACGAUAUGAAUGAAACGACGAUAUUUAAUCAUCAAAUUAGAUCAAAGAGCCAUUCUCGUAUUUCUGUCGUUAGAAAUAAUUAAUUAGCUAAAAAUAUAUUUCAUGAGAUAGAAAAAAGAUUCCAUUGCGUUGAUAAAAAAAAAAAAAAAAAAAAAAAAAAAAAAAAAAAAAAAAAAAACAGAAAAAACAGAAAAAAAGAUACCGAUGAAAAAAGAUCAUAAAACGAGAGAUUAGAUGAAAUUAAUUAAUGAGCCAGCUAAACAUUUCUUUAAUAAUAACAACAAUAAUAUUAAUAAUAAUAAUAAUAAUAAUAAUAAUAAUAAUAAUAAUAAUAAUAAUAAGUAUAAUUAUUAUUAUUAUUAUAAUAACAACAAUAACAAAUAAUAAUAUGUAAUAAAUUGCUCGUUCUCACGUAAUCGUAUCGAUCGUCGUAAUCACGGAGAGGGUCACGAAGUAACACGAUCUAACACAACGCGACCGCGAUAUCUCCUAGUUAAUUUCUAAUAAUAAUAUUCAUUUGGGAGAAUAUUUUUACAUUGAAUCAUCAUCCUCCCUAAUCAGAUGUUACGUUUGUUUCGUAAUCGAGCGAAGCAAGGGAAGAACAACAACAAUAACGAUCGGUCGCAAAGAGUACAAAAGCUUUUUUUAUUUUAUUUAUUUUUUUUUCCUUUUCUUUCCUUUCUCUCUCUCUCUCUCUUUCUCUCUCUCUCUCUCUCUCUCACUCUCUCAUUCUCUUUUUUUUCUUUUUCUUUCCUUUUCUUAAUUUUCUGUAAGAUGAUUAAACACGGAUAACAGUAAUGAUGAUGACAAGUACGAGACUUUAUCUAAUACGAAGCCACCCUAAACAUCUUCGCGAACACGUUACUCGAUAAUAAUUUCUCUAUCCUAUUAUUUAUUAAUUUACGGCGGUCGUUCGCGCUUCGCUAAUUAAUUCCUAACGAACAUCGAUCGAUCAGGCUCAUCCUUCUCCCUAUAUAUAUAUAUAUAUGUCUAAUACAUAUAUACAUAUAUACAUAUAUAUAUAAUAUAUAUAUGUAUAUAAAAAUAUAUAGUGAGAGCCUUCACGAUGAAAAAGCCGAGCGGAUAGGUCGUACCUUUCAGAUGUUAAGUCUUCUUCAAAUAGUAAUCAUUAAACUCUAAAUAUAUAUAUAAUAUAAUAUAAUAUAAUUUAUAUAUAUAUAUAUAUAUAUAUAUAUAUAUAUAUAAAUAUAUAUAUAUAUACUCUUAUUGUGUGUGUUCAUGUAUGGUAAUGUGUAUUUAUAUAUCUGUAUAUAUAUAUAUAUAUAUAUAUAUAUAUAUAUAUAUAUAUAUAUAUAUAUAUAUAUAUAUAUAUAUAUAUAUAUAUAUAUAUAUAUAUUAUACAUAUAUGUAUAUAUCACAAAAUAAAAAUGAAAAAAUUACUAGGCCUAAUAGGCGGCGGUACGGGUUCGUAAAGCAAGCCAUAAUAAUACAUCGUGACAGUUCAAGGAACAACGAUGAUCUUGAUCUUUUUCAUCUAAUUUGAUUUCACUCUUUGUCUUUCUCUCAUUCGGGAACCUCGUGAGUUCCGUUUCAAGAGAACAAUGACCGAGAACUUACUUCUUUCGUAUCAUUUGCCUUAUGUAUUAUUCGUUUGGUGAAUUCACGACGUGACACGAAUCUAGCACCGUGGGAUCGAUUGAAAUUUAUCGAUUUUGAAAGAGAAAAAGAGAGAGAGAGAGAGAGAGAGAGAGUAAGAGAUUGUUCUUUUUGUUUUUGUUUUUGUUCUUUUCUUUUUAUAGAAAUGAUCGGUCUACCUUGAACUUGAUCCGAUUAAAAAAAAAAAAAAAUACUGUCGAAGAAGAGAUUCUUCUUUUUGUUUGUUUAUCAAAAACAUGUAUAUACACCAGAGAAAAAAAGAAAGAGAGAGAAAGAGAGAGAAAGAGAUAGAAAGGGAAAGAGAGAGAGAGAGAGAGAGAGAGAGAGAGAGAGUAAAAGAUAUCGCAUGAUCUCUAAGAUAUUAUUGCUUAAUAUUCUUUUUGCUUUCAUUAUAUUUUCGUUUUUUUUUUUUUCAUUUUUUUUUUUUCUUUUUGUUUCUAGACACAUUUUCUUUUUUUCACCUGGACGGUCAAAAGCACGUUCUCAUGUAUCUUCUCAUCUGAGAAAUAAUCGUUUCAACAAUAACAAUAAGAAGUCUCGAUAACGUGUAUGUAGACGUCUAAAUGCCUUGAAGUAGGAUUGUGAACGGAAUAUUUGUACGGAUUCGUUGUACCGACUUAGAAUGCAACUAACACUUUUUGACGAUGCUUUUUGAGAUAUAAGGAUAAUGAGAAAGAGAGAAAGAGAGAGCGAAAGAGAAAGAGAAUAAUAAAAAAUAUAAUGCAUAUUACUGAAGAGAGAUAGAUACAAAGAAAUAUGGAUUUAUAUAGGAAAAGUUAGUGAGAGAGAAAGAGAGACAGAGACAGAGAGAGAGAGAGAGAGAGAGAGAGAAAGAGAGAGAGAGAGA